AUGAAGAAAGGCGAGAGUCAAAGAAUAUACUGGCAACAAUGGCUUACAGCUAACGGAGCCAAGAACGGAGGCACUAGUCGACGCGAACUGAUCACAAGCUCUGCUGCAAUUCGAAUCUCUCCUGAUACUGCAAAGGCGAAAGAUGUGACUCAAUUGUUGAGAAAGACGUUAAACCUGUCGUCACUGAGCAGUCAAAAGGAUAGUGCUGCAGCAUUUGAUGCUAUGGUCUUGGUAGGAACUUUGUAUUCAUUGCCCAAUGACUAUGUCCAGUUUGAGCACAAUCUGAUGCUGGCUAGAGCACAGUCAAAUUCUGCAUCUACAUCUGUGACCACCAUUUCUUCAACGCAUGCAGAAUCAUUCCAUGUCGUGAAAACAUUGGAACCAGAAGACAAUCCCCUGUCAAUGCGUGACAAGAUGAUGGAUCAUUUGAGACGGCUUCAAGAUCUUGCUCCAUCAGGUCGAUCAAACAUCUCACCCAAGUUCCAAUGGUUCUUCGUGCCGUCUUCCCAACCUUCAACGCCACCAAGCCCAAUACCAAGCUGUAUCGAUCUAGAUGGCUAUUGUACAUCAAUGGAAGAGGAGGAAUACGAGAGUGACAACGAGAGUUUGGAAACCGGUUCUACGGAACUGUGUGGCACAGCGGAUGCAUUGCAGCUAGGUGCUGAGACAGAGGACAUGAACAACAGCCAGGAUUCGUCAAUUUUGAACACAUUAUCUCAAAUGAGACCGAAAGAAGGCAAAUUUGAAGAUCCCAGUCAGAUGAAUGGUUCGCAAAAUUUCAACACAAUGAAGUCACAAAUUAAAGAGCUCCGACGAUAUGUGCAAAUGACGCAGUCUCAGUCAACUUGCAUUUUGCCUGUUUCUGGAUACCUCUUGAAACAGUCGCACGUGGAUCGACAUGUAUGGAGAAGGGUGUACUGUGUCUUGACGGGUGAUCACUUGUGGUAUGUGACGCGGGUGCCAUAUUCAACCACGCGGAAUUUCCCAGAAGUUGCAAAGAAACAUGGACGAAUUUCACUUGAGCGUGCUCUUUUGCUAGAGCCAAACAAAGAGUAUGCCUCGUCGCCUCUUUAUCGGAUCCCAAAUGGUUUUGAAGUUGUAUCGGCUAAGGGCACAUCUCAUGUAUUCCGAGCACCCAGCCGUGCAGUUCAAAUCCACUGGAUUCAAGCCUUGUCGAACAAAAUUAUGGAAUCAUUUGAGAAUAGUCUAAUGUCUCAUGCUGAACUGAUUGUGGCAGAUGAAUCUUCUGCUCGCAACAAACGGCUAUCGACCCUCGCGGUAGAUCCACUGUGGACGGAAAUCGAAGCCGAUCCGCAACACAUCGACUCGUCGAUUGCAAGUGUACUUCAGUUGGGUUUGGAUGUAUCAGAGUAUCGCGAACAGUGCCGACACAUUGAAGCGUCCGUCCUUGCAAAAAGUCCAGUUGUCGUUGUGUCUGAAGCAGCUGCAAGGUCCCGGAGAGGGGAUGCAUCUCGCGAACCCAUCGAUGCAGCAACUGUUCAACUUGUACAAGCUACUUGGGAUAUGGCUAUGAAUCUACUUUCGAAAGCAACGAACGUUGCUAUGGAGAUCCAGACAGUAUCAGACACCAAACAGCUCUCGCGUAGUCUGGAGGUACUGUGUCGGCAUGUCGAUUAUGUGAUCACUGGGCAACGCCGUCAGUCAAAUGGAGCAAGGCAAAAGGAGAAUAGUUCGAACAGGGAACAUAGCUCCGACCCGCCGCCAACGGACUUGUUCGAUUUACUUCUAGCAGAACUGCAGUCAAUCGUUGGGGGGAAUACCAUGUCAUGCUGA